UCAACACUUCAGGAACACAUCAUCCAUAAGAAGAGCAAGCACCCUUUAGACACAUCUCCCAGCUUUAAGUGUGGAUGAGACCCUGGCGAUUGAUUUGACUAUGAUUCAGCGUUUCGAUGACGGAUGGAUGGAUGGAUGAUGGAUGAAAUGGGCUUGUAUAGCAGCACACUUUCAGCCUGGACAGUAUGUGUGUGUUCUGACGGUGUGGCUUCAGCGCUGCUACAGUGACGCUGCUUCAGCCUCCCUUUGCCCUCGCUUCCAGAUGAGACACAGCGUGCAGAAGAUCUGAUUGUGCUUCUGGGGAAUCUAGUGGUGUAAUAAUUCCUGCAUUAAUGCAGCAAGAUGCUUAUUAUUUUUUGAGCAGAUAUCUGUGCAGGAUUGAAUGUCAGAACUGCACAAGGCUGUGAGCUGUUGACUGCAGGACAGUCCCCAUCACCUCGCUCCUCUACAGCACCGCAGCGCCACCACGUCACCCAAGUGCGCAUGUGGAAGAGCGCUGCAGUGUUCAGGGCGCAUUUGGGACAAGGCCGCUGUGAUUACUCCGGGAUAAUCCUCUGCAUUCUCUCUCUCUCUCUCUCUCUCUCUCUCUCUCUCUGGCUGGGCUGUGCAGACAUGCAGACAUGCAGCAUCCCUCCUGACCCAGCCUGGGGAUGAGCGUGCCGUGCAGUCGUACAUUAACACGAGUGCUGAAUUCUGGAUAAGUACAGCACCCUCAGGACUGUCAGUUGUGGCAUCACAAUGGAGGCCCCACUUGUGUUGCUGAGUUUUUUCUCUUUGCUCUUAUCAGCAGAUGCCAUCAAGCCUAGGUUCUUUGAGCCCAGGAUCUUUGACAAGGAGGCCACAGGGUUUGGACCCAUUUUUGAGGAGGAGCCCUUAGACACAGUGUAUGCUGAAGAUUCUCCUGAGUCCAAAAUCUCCAUGAACUGCAGAGUGCGAGCCAACCCACCAGCCACUGUCAAAUGGUGGCAUAAUAACUGGGAGAUUAAGCUGAUGGAGCAGCCGGAUGAACACUACAGUUUAGUGGGCGGAAACCUGGUCAUCACUAAUCCAGACAAGAAUAAGCAUGCUGGAAAAUAUGUGUGUGUGGCCAAGAACAUUUAUGGCACAGUCAUCAGCAAAGAGGCCACUGUGAGGUUUGGAUUUCUGAACCAGUUUCCUACUGAUGAGAGAGAGAGUGUGUAUGUUAAAGAAGGCCAGGGGGCUGUCCUGCUGUGUGACCCGCCCUCUCGCUACCCAAAUGAGGUGAUGUACCGAUGGCUCUACAAUGAUUACCCCAACUUUAUUAUCCCUGAUCAGAGGCGCUUUGUGUCUCAGACCACAGGCAACCUCUACAUUGCUAAAGUCGAGGCCUCUGACAUUGGCAACUACUCAUGUUUUGUGUCCAGCCCUACCAUUGGCAAAAGUGUCUUCAGCAUGCCGUUCGCUCUGGUGCCACAGAUAGAAAAGGAAGUUAAUCGAUAUCCUGCGGACAUUCGGGUCAGAUUUCCUAAGACGUAUGCCCUGGUGGGGCAAAACGUCACACUGGAGUGCUUCGCCCUGGGAAACCCUCUUCCACACAUCCGCUGGAGGAAGCUGGAUGCAGAUCUGCCACCCAACUAUGAGGUAAGCAUGAACGGUGCUCUGCUCCACCUCAUCAACGUGCAGUACGAGGACGAGGGUAGCUACGAAUGUGAGGCCCUCAACGUCAAGGGCAUGGACUGGUACCGCCAGUGGCUUUACGUGGAGGGUGCGCCAGAGUGGGCGGAGCAUAUCAAUGACACAGAGAAAGAUGUUGGCAGUGAGCUUACUCUUUCCUGCACGGCUGUGGGCAAGCCGUUACCAUGGAUCCGCUGGUUGAAGGAUGGCUAUUCAUAUGGCAAAGGGCAGCUGAAGUUCUCCAGUCUGACUUUCGAAGACUCAGGCAUGUAUCAGUGCAUUGCUGAGAACAACUGGGGAACCAUCUACGCUAAUGCCGAGCUGCGUGUGGUCUCUUGUGCACCGACAUUCAUUUACAACCCAGUAAAAAAGAUUUUGUUGGGUGCUGAAAAUGGGCGUGUGGUGAUCGAGUGUAAACCACGAGCUGCUCCAAAGCCGAAGUUUAUUUGGAAACGUGGCUUGGAAACACUCUCCAACUCAUCCCGUGUGUUUGUUUGGGAUGAUGGGAGUCUGGAGAUUCUGAAUGUGACUAAGGCUGAUGAUGGUUUAUACACAUGUUACGCUGAGAAUGACCGUGGAAAGGACAACAGCACAGGGACUCUUAGUAUCAAAGAGGCAACUAAGAUCACUGUAGCUCCAUCAGACGUGGAGGUGCCUGUGGGUGAGAAUACAGUGCUUCAGUGCUCGGCCUCGCAUGACCCUAGCUUUGAUAUCACCUUCAUCUGGUCAGUGGACACAUACGUCAUCAACUUUGCCGCUGACUAUAAGCACUAUGAGCAGCUGAUGGAUAAUGAGUCUGGUGGACACCUGCUGAUUAAAAACAUUCAAGUUGGACACGCAGGGCACUACACCUGCACGGCACAGACCAUUGUUGACAAUGCCACUGCUUCUGCUAACGUCUAUGUCAAAGCUAGGCCUGGUCCUCCUGGAGGGGUGCGUGUGGAGGAGAUCAGAGACACAUCAGUGAAGUUGGUUUGGAGUCUGGGCUCAGAUCAUGCUAGUCCACUCACCCAGCACGUUAUCCAAACCAGAGACUUCUACUCUCUAGACCCGGAGGACUGGAAAACCGCAGUCACAUCUCCUGCGUUCCUGGAUGGGAAAGCUGAGGCAGCCAAGGUCAUUGACCUGUAUCCUUGGAUGGAGUAUGAAUUUCGGGUUUACGCCAUCAGUGAUCUGGGAGAAGGAGAGUGCAGUGUGCCCUCCAUCAAAAUUAAAACCUGGGAUGCCAUUCCCACCAUGGCUCCCAGUGAUGUACAGGGUUACGUCGGCUUGAACGGAGAGCUCAUAGUGACUUGGACACCCAUGAAGCCCCAGUACUUUUUUGGUAAAAAGUUUGGCUAUAUAGUAGGUUUCAAGCCCCAUGAGGACUACGAAUGGAAGUGGUCAACAGUGGCUGACCCAGAGGCGAGACGCUAUGUCUACAAGGAUGGCAUUAUACCCAACACUGAGAUACAAGUCAAAGUGAAAGGUUACAACAACAAAGGAGAGGGACCUUACAGCCUGACCAAAGUGGUGUACUCCUCUGACAGCGCCCCCACAGAGGCGCCGCUGGAUGUUUAUGCCCGCCAGGUUACCUCCACCGAGGCUCUCGUGUGGUGGCUACAUGUUUUUCAAGUUCCUCCUCACUGGGUGGAUGGCUACCAGAUACGCUACUGGAGGAAAUAUGACGACAACGAGGCAGGAGCCUCUCGUGUUCUGGUCCACAGCUCAGUUAACCAGACUCGUCUGGAGAACAUGCGGCCUGAUUCACACUACCUGAUUGAGGUGCGUGCUUACAAUGGCGCUGGACUUGGACCACCCAGUGAGCACUGUGAGAUGUUUACCAGAAGACCACCUCCCAGUCGACGUCUAAGAGUGUACAAAUAUGUCAGCUUCACACGCAAAUGGCUGUAUAUCUACUGGGAUCACAUCUACAACUACUGGAAUGAGUCCUAUGUGGAAGGAUACAAGAUUUUGUUUAGGAAGGAAGGGGAGCGCUAUGGGAAACUGUACACCACCGGCAGGCACUACAUCGACUUCCCCAUGCCUGAGACAGGAGAUUACGUAAUAGAGAUACGGGCUCGCUGUGAAGGAGGAGACGGCCCAAUAUCCCAGAUACAGGUGCAAGGGUCAGCCAUCCUGAACUCUCAGUCUCUCUGUGCUGUAGCUCUGCUGCUGGUGGUGUUGGCCUGCACGAACCUGGGCCUUUAGGACAAUAUACUUUCCCUAGUUGAGUCAAAACGUGUGUAAACACCCAAAUUCUACUCCCAGUGUUCUGUCUACAAAUGUGUAAUUUUGCAGUUAUGCAAUUAUUUUUAUGUUGUACAACCUUCCUAAAAUAUAGAUCAAAUUAAAACCAGUAUUAAAGCCAUAUUGGUGUUAGAGAUGAGGCCACAUGAUAACAUGAACACAUCACAGGAGACAAAGGUUUUUUGCAAUAUUUAUAAUUAGAUUAUUUAUUUAGUUAAAAAAUCUCUAAUUGUUUGUAAAAAACAGUAAAAUUAUUAUUUUAA